UUCCUUACAUCUUCCUUAACUUCAGUAACAAUGGCUAUCUCCAAGAACCUUCCAUUAUUAAAGAACCACUUCAGAAAGCACUGGCAAGAAAGAGUCAAGGUUCACUUUGACCAAGCCGGUAAGAAGGCUUCCAGAAGACAAGCUAGAUUGUCCAAGGCCGCUGAGUACGCUCCAAAGCCAAUCGACACCUUGAGACCAGUUGUCAGAGCUCCAACUAUCAGAUACAACAGAAAGAUCAGAGCUGGUCGUGGUUUCACCCUUGCCGAACUUAAGGCUGUUGGUUUCACCGCCAAGUACGCCAGAACCGUCGGUAUUUCCGUUGACCACAGAAGACAAAACAAGUCUACCGAAACUUUCGACUUGAACGUUGCUAGAUUGACCGAAUACAAGUCUAAGUUGGUUGUCUUUGACAAGAAGACCAAGGCUGCUGACAUUGCCUCCCACGAACAAGUCAACACCCCAGCCACUUUCCCAGUUGUCCAACCAAAGAUUGACUCCACUCCAAAGGCUGUUGAACAACCAGAACAAUCUGCUUACAGAACCUUGAGAUUGGCCAGAUCUGACAAGAAGUACAGAGGUAUCAGAGAAAAGCGUGCCAAGGACGCUGCUGAAGCCGAAGCUGACAAGAAGAAGAAAUAA